AUGGGUGGCCAACAAUUCCAACAACAGCAAAUGCAAAAUGCCAAAGGGUCUAAAGAUCCUAAGGUUCCCUCCAAAGAUCAGAAAUCUGUCAAGUUCAACUUGCCUCAUGAUGAUGAUGAUUCAAGUUUUGAUGAGUUUGAUGAUGAAUUUGAAGAUGAUGAUGGUUUUGAUGUUCCACAUAAACCACCAAUUAUGGGUAAUGGGCAUGGACCCCAUGGGCCAAAUGGAAUGAUUAAUGGCCAGGUCAUGAAUGGACAAAAGGGUGGAAAUGCCAAGAAAGGUGGUAGCUUUGAUCAGCCUAUUCAAUUAAAGGGUAUGGGUAUGAAUGGAAAUGGAGGAAAGAAAGGUGGUGGCGGCGGUGGUGGUGGAAAUAAUAAGGGAGGAAAUCAAAGCUUCCAUCGAGUACACUGGGCAGGCUUUGGAGCUGACGGCUUCAGUGAUGGGGAUGCUUCAGAGGAGUAUGAACCUGUUGAGUAUCUACGGUAUUCUGCCCCAUUCCAGAAACCGACCACAGCGGGUGCCUCAGCGGGACCAUCAGUACCUCCCCGAGCAGCAGGGAGAGUAGGACGAGGGACUCCAGUGCGCAGCCGCAACAGAGUUGGGCAUGCUCACUUCGAGAGUAGUUCGCGGGCGCCGGCCCCAAAUCACGAUGAGUUCGAUGAGGAGGCAGAGACGUCUCAGGAUGAGGUUGGAGAUGGCUCGGGCUCAGACUCAGGCAAUGGAGUUGACGGUGGUGAUCCUGGACCUUCGUCCAGGAAGAGGACGAGGAGGGAUUCCCGCAAUUGA